AUGCACGGCUAUCCGCCUAUUUCUAUUGGUCUUGCACAGUGGUCUGAGUAUUACGGUGGGAUUAACAAGAACAAACCCCAGGCUUACGAUGGAGACUACGGGCCCUUGAUUGAGUGUAUUCUCCAGGGGAUGGAGAUGGGCAUUGCGAGCGUUCGUAGUAUCUAG